AUGGGUCCUUUAUUAGACUUUCCAACAUUAUCAGCAAUGGUUACAGCACUUGUUCGCAAAGGUCAACAUAAAUUAAAACAACAAUUUGAACAGAAUAAAAAAAUGUUAAAAUUAGACUCAACUGAUCAUCGUUUAGUACAACAAGUUUAUGAUUUAAAACCAAAUAAACAACAAAUUCGUCCAAUUCGUAAUAUAUGGAAAGCAAUUCAAAGUAAAAAACAAAUGGAAGAACAAAUUGAAAUAUUCAAACAUCGUAUCCAUUCCAACUGUUUACCACCAGCAUUUAAUCUCCUCGAUUAUACUCUUGACAAUAUUGACAAAAUGCUUAACGAAUCAAAACAAUCUUCUACUGAUGAUAAUGAUAACAAACAACAAACAAUAUUAAAUGCACAUCGUUUAAAAAAAUUGGUCGAUUUAAAUAUGAUUUCCUUGAAUUAA